CACUUUGGCUCCCACUAUGCUGUUUCCCCUCGCCUCCCAGACGCCCGCGCGACGCUGCGCAUCGGCGCAGCGACGCCGCCAGGCAAAGAUGGACGCCCUCGCACCCACGUUCGACGCCGCGCUCACGGACGCAGACGCCAAAGUGCACUCGCUGACGCUCGCACAGCUCGUGGACGCUCACCGCGCUGGCUCCGUCUCGACCGCCGACGUGCUAUCCGCGUAUGGCAAGAAGGCGUUCGCGGCCCAGAAGGCCACCAAUUGCCUCGCCGACGUCAUGUUAUCAGAUCUCCUCAUUCUUCACCCGAAGCCAGACCCCGCUCCCGCUCACAUCGACGACGACGACGGCUUCUGCGACCCUUUCGCGAAGCUCAAAUCGGAUUCGCAUCGACACUCGGACCCGAAGCUGGACGAAGAUCGGGGUCGUGCUGGGGUCCAUCGUCUGCCCAGGGAUGGCCACGCCGUCGGCAACGGUUGGCACGAGGUCGCCGUGACCAAGACCGAGCCCGAACCCGAGGACGAUGCGGAUUCUCACACAGACACGCACACCGAUACAGACACGAGCGCAGACUCGGACGCGGACGACCGCCCGCUAUCGGGCGUGCCGAUCAGCAUCAAGGACUGCAUCGACGUCGCGGGCUGCGCGAGCACCCUCGGCUACACGGCCUUCGCGCACACGUCCGUGCGCACGUCGGCGCCCAUCGUUCAGCUGCUGCAGCGUGCGGGCGCACUCGUGCAUGUCAAGACGACCGUCCCGACGGGCCUGUUCUCGAUGGAGACGACUACGUCGCUCUUCGGGCGCACCAGCAACCCAUACAACCCUGCGUACUCCCCUGGUGCGUCGACGGGCGGCGGCGCCGCAUUGCUUGCGCUCGGUGGGAGCGCGAUAGAAAUCGGGACGGACGUUGGGGGGAGCGUAAGAAUCCCCGCGGCGUUCUGCGGUGUGUAUAGCAUGAAGGCUACUCAUGGGCGGUUUCCUUCGACCGGCGCGCGCACGAGCACGCCCGGACUUGAGAGCGUGCCGACCGUGGUGUCGCCGCUUGCGCGAAAGCUGGAGGACCUGGAGGACUUUUGGAAGCGCGUGAUGGGGCUGCGCCCAUGGGAGAUCGACCAUACUUGCGUGCCGAUGCCCUGGCGUCCGGUCGACUUUGGCGCACGCAAGCUUCGAUGGGGCGUCCUCUGGAGCGACGGGAUGAUACCGAUGACUCCGGCAGCAGAGCGAGCGCUCCGGAUCGUCAUCGACGCACUCAAGGCGCAGGGGCACGAGAUCGUCGAUUUCGCCCCUCCGACCGUAGAAGUGCUCAAGACCGGCUUCCAGCUCGCGUUCGCCGACGGCGCGGCCCAGGUGUUCGCGCCGCUCGAGCGCAGCGACGCGAUCAACCCCGGGAUCCGCGCGCUCAAGGCGACGUUCGCGCUCCCGAAGCUCGUGAAGCGCGUGCUCGCGUCGUUCCUGCCCGCGCCCGACGCGGGGCUACUGCGCGCGCUACACCCCAAGUCGGUGCGCGAGGCGCGCGCGCUCGUGGUGGAGCGCGAGGCGUGGAAGCGCGCGUGGCACGAGCGGUGGAGGGAAGAGGGCGUGGAUCUCGUGCUGUGUGCGCCGUGCGCGGUGCCUGGGUUGCCGGAGGGCGGGACGGGCGUGGCGGGGCUCGUCGCGGCGAGCUACGCGUUCCUGUUCAGCAUCCUCGAUCUCCCCGCGGGCGUGCUCCCCGUGACGACGGUGUGCGCGAAGCGCGACGCGCUGCCCGCGGACUUCCGCGCGUCCGCGCUCGGGCCGUCCGCGCGCGGCGCGUACGCGUGCUACGACGCGGCGGCGAUGCGCGGGCUGCCGGUUGGCGUGCAGGUCGUCGGGCGGCGGUUUGAGGAGGAGAAGGUGCUCGCGGGCAUGCGGGUCGUGCGGGGCGCGGUGGGCGCGUUUGAGGGCGCGUUGUGUUAGGCGGUGCGGUGGAGGGCGUGCGGUGGAGCUGGGGCGGGGUGAUCGGCGUUGGGCCGUGCGAUGGCCGGUGGGAUCGUUGCUGCGCGUGCUUUGGGCGGGGGGAGCGCGGGUGGGAGGAUGAUGGUGGCGAUGAUGGUGGUGGUGGUGGGUUUCCCGACGGGUUUAGCGUUUGUAUUCAUUAAUUCUCCAAGGCCUCAACUCAGCGGGCCGCGUGGGUCGGUCAGCGCGGUAUCUAUCAUACCGUACAGCAUUGGAUUGCAUUACUAGUAUUUGCGGGGCGCCGCCGGUGUAGCUAACGUACUGGCGCCCCUUCCCUCCAGCUUGUACUCUCUAUCUAUCUAUCUAUCUAUCUACCUACUCUGAUAUAUUAUAGGACUUUCUUGUC